ACUUUGGCGCCAAAUCUCUUUCUACUCCGCUGCUCUCCCAGCGAUUCGUUCAAUUUCGAUUUCCAUGGAGGACUAAGCCACUUGAUCGUUGAUUUCUUCCUCAGCUUACAUAUGGAAACUCUACAGCUUCGUCUUCCUCAAUUUUCAGAGGAUUUGGCUUGGCUUCCUUGCUGGCUUCAGCAUAGUCAAACAACACCGUCCAGUGAGCAAGGAAUAGAAUGUAAUUAUGAGUCAGCAAUCAAGGAAGUUGGGUACGGAAUCAUCAAUAAACUGGAAGAUGCAAAUAUGUAUCCACAAGACAGUGGAUGCAACAGAUUUCAUUUAUUUCUAUCAGGACAGGACAGCAUACCUGAAAAUGUAGCUCCAUCAUCCAAUAAUGCCCUUCAUUUUCAUUUGCAUCUUUCAUCAUAUGGUGGCUCAGAAUGUACUUCAAGUCAACAUUUGGAUGAAUCUCACCAAUUGCUUGAAUAUAGUAAAGUUCAGUUGAUCAGUAUGUUUGAAGCACCAGUUGAUCCCAGGGAACAUAUUCCAUCCCAAAAGAGCAUUAAUGCUGGUGACACAGAUUUGGCACCUCAUUCUAGCUACAAAGAUGUGUUGCACAAUGUUGGCUGUCAAUCUCUGACCAAUACUGAAGAUCGUGAAAACCGACAGGGAGAAAAGUUGGAUGUUGGGUGCCUUAAAAACGCCGAAGUUAGUGAUGCAAUUGAGCUCUCUGUUGUGGCAUCUGAAGCACUGGUUAUACACGAAUUAUUAAAGGAUGAGCUAGAUUCAGCAGCGGUAUCAGUUGAAGCUGUUCUUGAAGCUUCCAUUCAGGUAAAAAAAGCUCGUAUUGAGUUGUUGGAAAGUGCCCUUGAAAGCAUAGAUGAGGAAGUGGACUUAAGUGACUCUCUUUCAGAUUUGGACAACUCCACAAUGAGAGAUGCAUUUGAUGAUGUAGGACUACCUUCGAGUAUUUUGAACAGUGACCAUUCUGGAACAGCAUGUUUUGAUGUUCAAGAUACUCCUGUAAAUAAAAAUGAAUUCACACAUGGUAGUCAAUGUAAUUCCAUAGAUAUGACAAGUCAACCAGACAUUUUAGGGAAUGGAUUAACCUUGAAACAGCUCGAAGAGAAUCUUGUUGUGACAAGACCUGUGGGUUUGCCUAUGGAAGAUCUGAGUUGUAACAUUCAACAUCAACUUUCUAAUGAUGACGUGUUAGGUUCAACUAGUACAAACUAUUGUAAAUAUGAUUCGAUGUUGCAACACCCAACUCAAAAUGAAUCGGACGAGUUUGUUGUGAAACAGAAAAUUGUGUCGUCUAUAGUAAAUACAAAUUUGUGUACGAUCCAUGCCAAGGAAAACUCUAGCCUACAUGAGUCCAGUAAGGUGUCAGCAAAAAAUGAUGAACUGGUUGCUUUCUUUACUCCUGAGAGAUUUAAGAGUCGUUGGCUGGGCGGAUGGUCAGGUAAGGAAGUAGAUGUUUCCGAGCAAUUGAGACAAGAUGUUGAUGGAAAAACCAUUCCUUUGAUGUUUGUUAAUGAGACAAGCUUUCUUUCUGAAUCCGCUGAUAUAGCUCCAGAUGAGAACUCUUGUGUGCAAAGAUGUGAAUCUAAGUUCCAAGUUGCUUCACAGUCAAGUAUACAUUUUGGUCAUUUGGACGAAAAAGGUGAUGACGGUUUGCUGGUAGCUGAAGAAAUCGUGAAAUGUAGCCUAUCCUUGGUUGAUCCUCUUUGUUCUUUUGUUCCAUGCAGCAUUUCCUUGGACACUGAUUCUGCUGGACAGAAUCUGAAUGAAGGAAAAGAUUGUACAGAAGAAUUGUUAGGCACCUUUGUGGAUGUUGGAGGUUCUAGGCCCUCAAUUCGAAGGCAGGUAACUUCACUUAAAAAUUACAGCACGAUUUCACCCACUCAUGCUACUAUGGAAGGGGGCCUAGACAACUCUUAUGCACAUCAACUACCAGGCAAUAUGAGGCUGUUAUCAUCAGAUUCUCAGUUGGAUUGUACACGAUUUUCUUCUAAAAUAAAUUUUAUGGAAACUUUACCCUCUCAAUCUACUAAAUCUAGAGAUAUGGAUACUGUGGAGGACAGCCAAACUGACGCUCGCCACAAUUUGGUUGAGGAAAUAACAGAACUGAAAAGCAAAAGUGAUGAAGUUGCAGGUGAUGUGAGCGAGUUCUUAGCUGAUACAGUGAAGAAAAGUGUAACUUGUGAUAUCUUAAAUGGGAGCCUGCAGCUAUCAAAAUCUACAAUGAAGAAAUCUUCUAUCAAGAAAGAUCAUCUACAGAGCUCUAAAACUAUAUCCAAUCCCCAAAAGGUUGACAACGUCGUGAAGAUGCAACAUGAAAGUAAGAAUCCCCUUGAGCCAUGUAUGUUGGUGCAGAAGAGAGUCCGUUUCUUAGAAGCUAAUGAUCAGCCUCAAGAAAACUUGGACUUUCAAAAAGUACACCCUCCAAUAAAUUAUUCUACUCUCAGGACCAGCAAAAGGCGGAAGUUUUCUAAUCAAUGUUUACUAUCUCGUCAUCCUGAUGGGAAAGGUCAUCUCAAGAGUCGCUACUGUAGCAGCAGGAAGAAAUUAAUAUUUCAAGGUAUACAGUUCUUGGUAACAGGAUUUUCUAGCCGUAAGGAAAAGGAUAUUAAUGGAAUAGUAUGUAAUAACGGAGGAAUAAUUCUUCCCGACAUUCCUUGUCCAAGUUCAAGGGGGCAAAAGAUGUCAAAAUCAGACUGCAAGGGGCCUCCUGUUAUUCUCUCUUCAAAGAAGCUCCAAACAAAAAAAUUCUUGUAUGGGUGUGCGGUGAAUUCCCUUAUUGUCAAUGUCAGUUGGCUUACAGAUUCAAUUGCAGCUGGUUCUAUCGUCCCACCUUGGAAAUACAUGAUUAUAUCAAAUCAAGCUGAUUGUACUCAAAUUGGAAGAUCAGUUAGACACAGCAGUCGAAGAUAUAUAUUUGAGAAUGUUGGAGUCAUGCUUCAUGGGAAACAAGGUUUCUGCACCAAAUUGACAAACGUAUUAAAGCAUGGAGGUGGACAGGUUUUCAAGACCCUACAGUGGUUAGUAAAGAGUCUAAACCAGGAGAAGAUUUCAGUUGGAGUCAUUGUAGUCGAAGACGAGCACAAGUCGUCCCGUCACCUGAAGCAAUGUGCCUUGGAACAAGGGAUACCCUUGAUGUCUACAAAAUGGGUCAUAAAGAGCUUACACUUGGGAGAGCUCCUUCCUUUGACAGAAAACAAUCGAUCCUCUUUAGUACAAACUACAAAAAUGGUAAAAAUUCCAGCUCUCAAAGAAACUAGCAUGGAAUUAUGAGUUACCGCUUCAGAGAUAUUUAUGAGGUAAAUAUGUUAUAUAAGCAUUAACUUUAGAACAAAGAUAUAUUGUACUUUGUUAAUAUAUACUUCAUAAUUUGAGUCUAAAUAUGAUAGGAGCAUUACUACUUCCCUUCAUUGUUGGUGUAAUUGUACAUAUCUAGCAUCAACGAGUGCUCUGCUAAUUUUUUCAAGUUAUGAUAUGUGAUUAUUGUACAACACAGAUUGUUGGGGGUGGGAAACUCGCACGUGUGCGUUUGUUGUUAUUUACAUCUCAUUCGAUUCUUCCUUCCAACAAUUUUAAAAGGUGUGAUUUUUACUA